GGAGAGAGGAGAGAGUCUGAGGAAUCAUCUGAUGGGAUGUUUAUCUGUCGCUAACAGGAUGCACGGCAGCCCGAGAGAGGCACUGGUUCAUUCGUCAGCUGCCCCGGCUCAGUGCGGUCGAACCCAGCGGUUGUCCCCGGGUCCUUGUGUCGCUGCUCGCCCCUUCACUGCUCUGACAUUGUGGAAUUCGUUAGCAGCUAGCCGCUAGCCUCCGAGCAGCGCUAACUCGCUAGCAGGCAGCUAGCAGGUUCCUGUGGACACCUCGUAGCGCCAGACAGAUACAAACAACCAAGAGUGCCCGUCCUGACCGGCUAUGGAGUGGUGUUGGCUUCAGACUGGAUGACAGGGUCUACAGGGAGGACAGGGUCACACAGUUUCUAAAGCAGCAGCGGGCUUCUCUUGGACGUACACUGACUGGCAGUGACAGCCCAUACAGUUGACCUCCUUUGCCACCUACUCUCUGGAAACACUUUUCCUCCCCUUUAUCCUCCACCUCCCCUUCUUAUUCUUCCUCCUCAGCCAUCUUUUCCCUCUCCUCUCUCCUAAUUUCUUUUAUACUUCGACUUUUUACUGAACCCCUUCUUUGAGUUUGUGGGACUUUUGACCUGCUGUCCGCUGGCUCCAUUAUGAGCUGGCUGAGCAGGUUGAACCCGCGGGGCUCCGGGAGUCGGUCUGGCCGGAGCGCCGCCCCCUCCAGCCCCUGCACCGCAGACCCAGAGACCUGCCUCAUGGUGUUUGAGAACCACUGGAGACAGCUCUCUUGGGUGCUGGAGCAGCACGAGCCUUCAUCGUCCAGCGACGACCUGAUAGCAGUGAGGAAUCACACAGACCAGAUGUUGUGUCUGCUGGCAGAGGAGAGGCCGGCUGAGAGCGCAGAGGGCGGCCCCAGUGUUCUACCCAUGGGCCCCAUACUGGAGCUGGUGGUCACUGAGAAUAUUCUGGAAGGCCUGGUUCAGUGGCACCUCCGCCGCGGCUUGGAUCCCGACAGCCAGGGGGCGCUGCUCAAGCUCUUUGAGAUGCUCAUCGGCCAGUCCCAGCAGCCUCUGCUACAGCACACAGCCGUUCUCCACCCCUUGCUGAGGCUGAUGGGAGCUUGUGCUGACCCAGAUCUUGGUUGUCCUCCAGUGCUGGAGAACAGCCUGGUACUUCUGCUCAACCAGGUGUGCGUGACCAUGGCCCGGCAACCAGUGGUUCUAGAGAUGUUGUUCCGUGCAGCACCAGCCCAGCAGGGCUCCACCAACCUGCUGAUCUUCUCCCUCCUCGUGCCGUUCAUCCACCGCGACGGAGCGAUCGGACAGCAGGCCAGAGACGCGCUGUUGCUGGUCAUGGCGGCAUCUGCCAGCCACGAGGCCGUGGCGCGCUACAUCGCAGAGAACUCCUAUUUCUGCCCGGUGUUAGCAACAGGCCUCAGCGCUCUCUACUCCUCUCUGCCCAGAAAAAUUGAGGUUCGGGGAGACGACUGGCACGCCCUGAGGCGGGAGGACUGGAUCGGUGUGUCGUCACUCGUGCUGUUCAUGAACUCGCUGGAGUUCUGCAACGCUGUGGUGCAAGUCGCUCACCCCCUGGUCCGCUCCCAGCUCCUGGACUACCUCCACAAUGGCUUCCUUGUACCUGUCAUGGGCCCCGCCCUUCAUAAGUCGUCGGUGGAUGAGAUGAUUGCCAGCACCGCCUACCUUGACCUAUUCCUGCGUAGUGUGACAGAGACUUCCCUCCUCAAAACCUUCCUGCGCUUCAUCCUGCUGCAUUGCCACGACAACGACACCAUCCUGGACACAUUGCUCACACGCAUCAGCAGCAAUUCAAGGCUGUGCAUGGUCUCACUGAGCCUCUUCAGGACUCUGCUCUCUCUGCACUGUGAAGACAUCAUGCUGCAGCUUGUUCUCAGGUAUCUACUGCCCUGUACCCAUGUCAUGCUGAGUCAGCGUCGGGCCAUCAGGGAGACAGACAUUUAUGGAAAGUCAGCAGACAAGUUCCUGUCGCUGAUCCCUGAGUGCUGUCGGCUGGAUGCAGCGCCCUCUGCUGAGCGGGACGAGGACAAUGCCUUCUGGGGAAAAGUGCUGAACAGUCCAAGUACAGAGUCUCCUGCCCCACCAAGACCCAGCACCCCAUCCCGCUUAGCCUUCUUCAUCCGCCAACAGAGCAGUGGAGGAGGAUCAGGGGGAGGAGGUCCCUCUACACCUUCCAGCAUGGAGCCGCUGCAGUCGGGUCCUGCCAGCUCUCACCCUUUAUCCCCUGACAGCCCAAUGCACCAGCUGCAGACACACACAGAGAGUCUUGACUGGGACUCGGGUUACCUGGAGUACCUCAAAGACGCCCGACGAGGCAUCGAGCUCUGUUCCUGGGCCUGCCGAGACUGGUCAGCCCCCUAUGAUGGAGAAAACCCCUCCCCAAUCACAGCCCCUCCACCCCCACCUCCCCCUACCUCCAACCCCUCCAUGGUCAUGUUGCCUGAGCACUUCGCUUUUCAUCAGGGAGGAAGCACUAACACCCCUCCCGUCCAACAGAGGGCAGCCAUUGUGGCCGCCGCACGGUCUGAGUGGAGCAGUUCGGAGCGGGACAGCGGAGAGUGGGACAUUACGAUCGGCAAAAACAGCUGCAUCAGCCUCACGCCUCGCUCCAAGAAACGCAGCCUGCAGAGGGAGGAGCUGUUGCCGAAACCUGUACCUCCUCUCGUCCCAUCUUCCUCGUCUUCAGCCACCUCUCUAACAACUUCCCAUGCCGUCUCGUCUCCAGCUCCUCACAUUCCCACCUCAGCUAUCACUGUUAGCUACCAGGCCAUGUAUAACGGAACAAUGGGACAGGGGGACGGAUGCUCAGACAGUCGAGAUAGAGGUCUGGAGGUAAAGAAAGUGAAGAGAGAUUUAGGGGAGCAAGAGUAUUUGGAUGAAAAUUCAAAUCAAAAUGGAUCCCUCGUCACACGUCCCUCACAAAGCUGCACCAGUCUCCCACAAUCCAUUUUUAACAGCAGUGACAUCAGUGAUGAAAAAUCAUGCCCUAACCAGAUUCCCUCACAGAGCUCAAUUUCCCAACCAACGUCUGACACCAAACUGCUGACCAGCGACACCUCAAACCCGCACAGUGAAACCUCAGAUCUUCCAGAAGCCAACCAGACACAGCAGUCUGUCGAGAGUCUCAUUGAGGAGCUGCUAGAGCAGUCCCCAGGGGACCCCCAGCUCCCUCCAGACACCAAUGGUCAGGGCAUCAGCAUCGAAGCCUUCACACAGGAACUGAGAGAGCUGGAGGACAGGGUGAAGGAACGCUGCAGAGCAGCCUGUCUGCAGGAGGAAACGAACAGAGAGUCCCUGACAGCUGAGCGCCCGGAGGAGGAACAGCAGCCGUCCUCGGCCAUGGAGGCAAAGCUGAUCAGUGACACAAAAGUAGAGGGCAGUGUGGUGGGCCUUUAUAGUCCUGCCAGACCAUUAAACCAGCCGGCCUCACAGCCAUACACAGGUCCAUUUAUGGUGGUUCUGUUUGCCAAGCUGGAAAACAUGCUCCAAAACUCACUGUAUGUCAACAUCCUGCUCACGGGCAUCGUGGCUCAGCUGGCCUGCUACCCUCAGCCCCUCCUGCGGUCCUUCCUUCUCAACACCAAUAUGGUCUUCCAGCCCAGUGUCAAGUCACUGAUCCAGGUUCUCGGUUCUGUGAAGAAUCGUAUCGAGGCGUUUGCAGCUUCCCAUGAGGACUUCCCUGCCAUGCUGAGGAAAGCCCAGCAGUACCUGGUGGCACGAGGCAAAGUGGACUGGACCGACUCGCCUGCAGCCGUUCCCCCCCUGCGCCGCUCGGAUUCAUUAGUGAAGAGUCGUAAGCCAUCUCUCGGAGACCUGAUCCUUCGUCACACCAACAGCCCGACUCGGGCCCGGAACGCCGCUCAGCUGGCCCUGGCACACGUACGGGAUGGCAGCCAAUCACUGACCAGCGCACUGUUCCGGGGCAGUGGAGGGUCAUCAGGCCUGGAGAAGCAAGCCGAGGCACUGCGAGUGAAGAACGCCGUCUACUGCGCCGUCAUCUUCUGUGAGUUCCUCAAGGAGCUGGCUGCCCUGGCUCAGGAGCACGCCGUCACCCUGCCCUUCCCCCAGAGCCAGGAGGUGGAGGAAUAGACGGUAAACACAGACUCCUGAAAUCUAGCUCUUAGCCUCCAUUUCUUUUUGUCUAGGCUGUAAAAUGAGAGUUGUAUAGGAUUCACCCAUCACCAGAGGACAUACUGGAGCACUGAGACUGUUCAGUCACUGAUGAGGUCGUCUGCAAUGUCACAGAGGAAAACAGUGGCAAAUUUUUUACCAAAUCAUUAUAGGAAACCUAUAGGACUAGAAGUACUGUCCUCAUCUGUAAACGAAUGAUAGUGUGCAUAUCAUGUAUUAUAUUUACAUUCUAUACACACAAAAAUCUCUUGGGAUUUGGGAGCUUGUACAUACACAUACCGUGUCGUGGUAUAAAAGCCUCAGAUAAAGAAAUAGGUGCACAUACUGGUGCUAGUCAGUGCUCUAUAUUUUAAGAUGAAAGGUGCUUUCAGGCGGCACAGAGGAGACGAGGGUUUUAUCCUCAGCAAAAUUAUCACAAACACCAAAAAACUGAAUACGUUGAAAGUUUGAGCUACACGAUGAAAUACAAAGUGAUCCACUCAGCUUCUCCGCCUCCAUCAAGGGCAGGCCAAAAGGGAACGAUUGCAGAAAAAGAACAUUGAAGAAGAACCUCAAGUGUCCAUUUUGUUUCUAAAAGGCUCCACUGCUGCAAAGACUCAAUGAACUGGAAGAGGGGAGGCGAGAGUGCCACUUUCUUUCCUGUGAAUCAGCACGACCAUCACAAAUGUACUGGAAUUUCUUUUUUAACAUUUUGUUUGAAAUGUGUUUUUCGUUGUACAUUUGCACCAUUUUCUAGACAUAUCAGCAACACGUGGGAGCAGUUGUGACUGUGUUUGUGAACUUGUUUUUAAAAGUGACUCCAUUUUUCCGAAAGGUGGCGCUGAGUCAUCAGGCCGUCGCUAAGCCAUUCACCUGUUGCCAUAAAAAAAGGUCAGCGGGAUUGAAAAGGCAGCGCAGCUUUACCGUUCAUACCUUUUUAAUGUGUCAUUUAGUUUUUUCAACAGACCUUAGAGUCGGGGAGAAAAAGGCAAGAAGGGAAGGAUUAUGUUUUUUUUCGUGAUGAUUUCCAUUUACUUUGAACUGACAGGAAAAGGUCCUACUGAGGCAUUCAUGGCUUUUCUUUAAACAGAUCUUUUGUCUGAGGGAAGAAUUAGGCUCCAUAAGAAGCUAAUUUCGUGUCCUUUUUCAGGUCGAGGGUUUAAUCCGCUUCAAAACGUUUUGUCUCUUCGGAUGAGACAGGCCAAACUGAACAUACAAGCGUUCAUCUUGAAAUAUAUCAUGCUGCUAUUUUUCUUUUUUUAAACACUCACACCCAGUUUGGUUUGAAUUAUACUUUCACUUCAUCUCAUUGUUAGGUACCAAGUAUUAAAUAUGUGUAGAAGAUGUGGAGGAGUCAGUGCCUGUGAUGUGAGCGGCUUCUUUAAUUUAUUAUCUUGUGUCAGAGAUUGAAUGAAGUUGCAGUCGAAGUGUUUAAAGAUUUUACCAAGUUAAAAUAUCCUCCUUCAACGUUGAGGCUCGGAAAUGUUGCGUGUGGGAUCAAGAUUAUCAGGAAAAAUAACCUGUCGAACGAAGCACGACACCGGUGUGAGUGCAUUGUUGAAUCCAACUGCCCAUGGCCACGCUUUUUGUGAAGUAACUUGUUUUUUUGCACAUACUCGCCAUCCUCUCUCAACUUUCAGCAGCAGAGAAACUGCCUGCAAAGUCUUAAUCUCUAAAACUGAUUACCACAUCAUUUUUUUCACAGAUGUCCUCUUUCUCAACAAGUCGAAGCCGCCUCGACUUGUCAAAGCCAUAGCGGUGAUCUUCCUGUUUGUACAUGUAGUUCUUCAUCACUUUUCUACACAAUUUCUAGACACAUUUUCUAACCCCCCCCACGUUUAUUUCCAUACAUACCAUUUGUAAGGAGUCUCUGCAUGCCCGUUAAGAUCAGGUUUGUGAUUAAAUAAUGGAUUAAAUAGCGUAGGGUAAGUUUUCUUUGGUUUGUGCAAUAGUGCCAAGCUUACGUUAGCCUCCAUGCAGUAGGUUUUUUUUGUGGUUUUUAGUGAGUCAUCCGGGUGCCUGCAGAGAUCAACAGCGAUGAACAUGUUUCACACUGAAUGUUUGCUCUAUAAUCAAAUUGGUAGAGAAAUCGCUUCUGUAUUUUACCCGCCGCCUUCUGUCCUUCCAUCUGUUCACCAAGUCUGUUGUUCAUCCAUGUGUUCAGAACAAGAUUCAUUUUCCCCUUGUUCCGGGGAAAGAAGGUCCAGAAGGUGGCGCAGUUAACAAAGUUCCCUACUUUUACACUCAAGAUUUGUGUUUUCAUUUCACUAACUUACUAAGAGUUAUGUUAAAGUUCGGGCAUAUUUUAAGCAUCUUGGAAAAUGUCUUCAGUCACCCUGUAAGUGGUUAGAGUCAGUUGUAUGUUACUCAUUCACAUAUGUAGACACCAAGGACAAUUUCUGUGACAACAUUGGAAUGUCGCAGACAGUUUCUUGGGACCUGGUCUUAAAAGUUAUUCAUGAAGCACUAUUUAUACGUUGAAAAGCUGCAGCUAGUAGAGCGUUGAUCUCUGCCAAGGCCCAACAGUCCCCUUAGGAAAACACUUAAAUCAACUGGAUCUGGAUGUUUUUGGGGACCCUAAACAUUCUAUCCGGCAAUGUUAACGAAAGGGCCCCUUUGUCCAGAUUUGUGACAAAAUUAAAUAGGUUCCUUUUUUACCUAUGUCCCAUCCUUUCAAAUAGUUCCAUGGAAAUCCAUUUAGUAGUUUUUGUAAAAUUCUAUUAACAAAAUAGAUCCAGAUUUAUUCUUAAAAAGGUGAUUUUAUUUUUCCCAGAUGAAGUUUGGACAGGCAAACGUUUUUUGCAGAGUGACCGUGAGUUUCAGAAGUUCAAUUGUCGGCAUUGAUCCUGUGUGAAAGCAAAUCUUUCUGAUUUUAGCCCAUUUCCAUGUCUACACUUUCCACAGUCAUUUUCACUUUGAACUCUUUGUGUUUAUUUAUUUUUUAUCAUUCUCUUAUUUGUCAUUAUAAAAAAUACUAAAGACAUUAUUGUGAAAAUGUUUGUAAUGGGGUGUUUUUUCUAAAGGAGAUUAUUUCUACUGGGAUUUGUCAGACAAGAGCAGAACGUAAUAUAGAAAAUCUAAAUUCACACAGAGAAUUAACUUACUCACUGACACUGUUUUAAAUUGGCAUUUGACGCAAUGGGGUUUAGAUUAUUUUUAAAGCAGCAACUAUCACAGCUGGACGCUGAAGCCAAAGCAGACAUUUCUUACUGCUGUUCUUCUAAUGGCCACAAGAAAACAAAAAGCGUAUUGUCAAGAAGUGACAGAGAAAACCAAACUAAUGAUGAUAUUUUUUAACACAAUGAUUUGAUUAACAGGCGUCUCAGUCAGUUGCUGUUUAUCGAAGACCGAAACUGCCAACAUUUUUAAUAAAUAGAUAAAUAAUAUUUGAAUUAAUAAAUGUAGAAACAUUCAUAAAUUAAUUGAGAAGGGAAGAAAAGCAUAAAUAAAUAAAGGCAUAAACAUUUAUAGCCACUUUCGUUGGAAGCCUGUUGAAUUCACUUGAGAGAAAAAAUCUUUCCUGUUUUUAUGAAUUAACGAGAUAGUUAAAUCAUUAAUUAGCUUCAGUAUUUUUUUCACCCAACUGUAUUCAUUAUUUUUCAUUUAUUUUUGUAUAUACUUUUUUAUCUGCAUUUAUAAUUUUUUCUCCAUAAUAUAGGAAAUAUAUUUAUUUAAAAUUUUGGCAGUUUAGAUUUUCCAUGGUAGUUUCCUUGUGUCCUCACCUCACCUACACUCAAGACUCCAAAUUAUCUGCUGUAUAAAAAUGUUGAUUAAAAAGAAAAAAUGUAUUUCAUCAUGUUUUGACUGUAAACUGACAAAGUUUGUGCAGAGUGUAACACCCAAAGCUACGUUUCACAAAAAAUGUCAUGUCCGUUUUUUCACAGAUUUACUUGAACAUUACACAUUUUCUGUCACUUAAGAAUUUUUAAAUUUUUUUAUUUUGUUGCUUUUCAAUUCAGAGCAUUUAAUUUUGAGUUGCUGUGUUGUGUUUAUUCAAGGGUACAUGGAAACACACUGCAAACAUAAAACCAAAGUUUAUAACUGUCACUUAAUAUAGAAGUAAAACCAACAGCGACACAACUUAAAAGCAGCGGAGCUUCAUGUAGCAAAGCUGUGAGGCCCUUUAACUUUAAACGCACAUAUCGUUCAUCUCAGCAACUCACUUUUUCGCUUCAAGUAGAAACUAGAAUCUUUUCUCACUCCUGAUCUCUUAGUGUCAGAAACACUUUGUGCCAUGUUUUUAGAAUUUUUAUUAUUGCUUAUCAUGGGAUGUACUGCAUCAUCACUCGUUUUUCUUUCUUUCUUCGGAAAGCUUUGACUUUUCACUAAUAUUUCUCCCCUGUGAUCUAUGCAAACAUGCUCUAAUGUCCCCUGUUUGAAUCUGAGAAGAUGAUGUGGACUGAUUUAAUAUGUAAAUACUGUAAAAAUGGGGAAAAAAAGCAAUGGGUCAGAAAUGCAGAGGUGUGUGAAAUAAUCAACGGGUCAGAAUGAAAAUCACGCUAAAAUAAUGUAAUGAUGUUGAAUGUUGUCAGAAAUAUUUUUCUAUAUUUUGAAAUCAUUAGAAAAAAGGACAAAAUACAAAGUGGGAUAAGCUGUCAGAAGAACACUACAAAGGGAAUGUUUUUAUUAAUUUAUAAAUUCUUUGCCUAGCAA